AACGAUUUUGGGAAAGAAAAUUAGCGUGAAAUUUUUGUUUGCAUAAAAUAUUUAAGAUUGUUAGAAAGCCAAUAAGCUAAGUUCGUUAAAAGAACGUUUGUGAGUUUAUACAACUGUAGACCAAAUAUAAAUAAGUCCCGAGACCGUUACUUUUUCCCUUUUCACCGCUUUAUUUUGCGUUGCAUUUAGAGCAAAUCAACGGCUGUGUUAUUGGUUUUUUUGCAAUUGGCGAACAUCAAUUAGCGGAGUACCACAUAGUAGCCAUCGCAAAAUAAUCGAAGUAGGAAAGAAAAAAUAAUAAAUUUAACGAAAAAAGAGCCAAUCAGUUUCACAGCAGUUUAAAUCCUUGAAAAGAUGAGCGCCGGAGAAGAUUCCAGCUUACCACCCACACCACCAGAAGCCCCUGAAGCUCAAGAUCAGGCCAAUCCCCGAGAACUAGAGAAAAUAGAAGAAGAAAAAUUGAAGUCAAAGUAUCCAUCUGGUCUGCGUGGCCCUGGGGGUCAUUCAGCUUUCCUUCAAAAGCGGUUACAGAAAGGUCAAAAAUUCUUCGACUCUGGUGAUUACCAAAUGGCAAAGCAGAAAGGCGGUGGAGUAAAGCAAGUGUUUGCCAAUAAAGUGGCAACUGGUGAAGCAAUACCUACUCCGGAAACGGUGCCUGCACGUAAAACUUCGAUAAUACAGCCUUGUACUAAGUUCCCAACGACGAGUUAAAAAAAUUAUUGACUAGUAGUGUUUAUCCUUAUAGGAAAAAUAUUACUCUAUUUUGUCAAAACAACUAUAUUCUAUUUUAAAUUUUACUUAUCCAUAUUACUCACCAGUUUUCUCAAACUAUAUCGUAUGAAUAGUAUCUAUUAACUGAUUCCUAAA